GGGAGCGGCAGGAGGAGCGCCGGGCGGGGAGGGGGCUGUGUCCUCGGGGGGCGUGGGGGGGCUGAGGGAUUUCCUCCCCCCUAUUGUUCUCGUCCCUCCGCGCCCCCCGUUAAUCCCCCCUCAAUCUGGGGCGGGGGGACCCCCCCAGUCCCGCCGGUCCAUGGUGAGGCGGAGGCGCCGGCAGCACCCAGAGCACUGGGAUGCAGCUUUGAGGAGUCAGCCUUGCUCUGAGAGGAUCCCUUUGAACCUCUGAGCUGGUAUCUGGCCCCUUUGGACAGGAACAAGAAUGGUGAAUAACACUGAAGACCCUCAAGAGGCUUUGUAACGUCCCAUCCUCAUGUAAAGUAUGCUCAGAACUUUUCCAGUAGUCCUGCUGGAAACCAUGUCUCACUACACAGACGAGCCAAGAUUCACCAUAGAGCAGAUCGACCUCCUGCAGCGCCUGAGACGCACGGGAAUGACCAGGCAUGAGAUCCUGCACGCCCUGGAAACCUUGGACCGUCUUGACCAAGAGCAUAGCGACAAAUUCGGGAGAAGGUCUGGCUACGGAGGCGGCUCCUACAGCAACAGCACCAACAACGUCCCGGCGUCUUCCUCGACGGCCACGGCUUCCACGCAGACCCAGCACUCCGGGAUGUCCCCGUCCCCGAGCAACAGUUACGACACCUCCCCACAGCCUUGCACUACGAAUCAGAACGGGAGGGAGAGUAACGAGAGGUUGUCUGCCUUCAACGGGAAGAUGUCACCCACCCGCUACCCCCUGGCCAACAGCCUGGCCCAGAGGUCCUACAGCUUCGAGGCUUCCGAGGAGGACUUGGACAUCGACGACAAAGUGGAGGAGCUGAUGAGGAGGGACAGCAGUGUGAUAAAGGAGGAAAUCAAAGCCUUCCUCGCCAACCGGAGAAUUUCCCAAGCAGUUGUUGCACAGGUAACAGGUAUCAGUCAGAGCCGGAUCUCCCAUUGGCUGUUGCAGCAGGGGUCGGACCUGAGUGAACAGAAGAAAAGGGCAUUUUACAGAUGGUACCAGCUUGAGAAGACAAAUCCUGGGGCUACACUAAGCAUGAGACCCGCUCCCAUCCCAAUAGAAGAGCCAGAAUGGAGACAGACGCCUCCCCCAGUCACAGCUACCUCUGGGACCUUCAGACUACGGCGAGGCAGUCGGUUCACGUGGAGAAAGGAGUGCCUGGCUGUUAUGGAGAGUUACUUCAAUGAGAAUCAAUAUCCCGACGAGGCAAAGAGAGAAGAAAUUGCCAACGCCUGUAACGCAGUUAUACAAAAACCAGGUAAAAAGUUGUCGGAUUUGGAGCGAGUUACCUCCCUCAAAGUGUACAACUGGUUUGCCAACAGGAGGAAGGAGAUCAAGAGAAGAGCCAAUAUCGAAGCAGCAAUCCUGGAGAGCCAUGGAAUAGAUGUACAGAGUCCAGGAGGUCAUUCCAACAGCGACGACGUGGACGGCAACGAUUACUCGGAGCAGGACACUUGGCAAGUCCGCAACGGAGAGGAGGAGGGACGAUGUUCCGAGGGAGGCAGAGAAGCAGAGAAGGUAGAAGAAGACAGGAGGAACUGCUCCAAACAAGAUGACAGCACUAGCCAUAGUGACCACCAAGACCCCAUUUCCUUAGCCGUGGAGAUGGCAGCAGUCAACCACACCAUCCUGGCGCUGGCCCGGCAAGGAGCCAACGAGAUCAAGACAGAGGCUCUGGACGACGACUGAUGCCAAGAAAGGGGAGGGUCAAAGCAAGAAGUAACUUAGUUUUAGACGUAGCACCUUAGCAGACUUUCCUCGGUCCUUAAUAUGUGUUCUUACAGUAUAACUUUGCAGUUUCUUGUACGUCAGUUAGCUGUUAGGGUCUUGUUCUGUGAAGAUGGCAUGGUGCCCUCAGCCUUUGCAUAUACUCUCUCAGUAUUAAUUCCCAGUAAAUAAUCAAUCAACCAACCAACCUCCCUCUCCCGGCCCCCAGUGGCUAGAAAGGUAAAAUCAAAAAACAAAAAAACAAAAAAACAAAAUAAUCAUAAAAAAAAAAAAGAAAAAAAAGAAAAAAAAAAUAUAUCUUGCUGCUCUGUCUUAGCAUUCAAAGUGCUUCCAGGUAUUUUAGACAGCCCUCAAUUACAAGUCUUAGGCUACACUUAAAAUCUUGGAUAACCUUAGAGAUGGUGUUGAAACCGAUAGUCCGUACGCUUUCCCUGCCCUGAGACUGGAAGGAUGCAAGCUGAGGUAGUGGCACAGGGUGGAUGGACACCAGACCGGGAGUAUCAACAGAGAGUAAAAAGAACACUUAGAAACCCCACUCCAGCAUGGGAAUAAAUGAUUUCCAGCUGCAAUAAGCCGUGCCUCACUGGUCAUACAGUGACUCCGUUUACUUCCGGGUGCUGUGCUGAGAAUGUCCAUUGGAAACACAUUCCCACAUUUCGGUCGAUGCUCACAUAUUCAACACAGACAUCCUCUACUCUCACAAGCUGCCUGGCUUAGUGGAGAAGUGCUGCCUUCUGCCUCUGGGACCAUGGUUGAAGCCCAGCCUGGGAUCAAAUGAAAAAUGAGCUGAAUGUCUAAUGGACAACAGUCCACUUCUCAGAACCACUGCGCGUUCUUGGCAUGGCUGGCAGUGCCUGCUCAGAAGAGGUCUAGACUCUUACCCAUCUGUCAUUAACAAUUUCACCUUUAAUUCCUCCUCUCUCACCUUUUCUGCCCCCACCCUACUCCCCUCUCCACUUUGCCACUUUCGAAAGCAAUGUUUUCCAGGAAGGUUGUUAAGGUCCUGAAAUGGGUGAGUGGAUUUUCACACGCCUGUGUAAGUAAUGCCUACGUCCCGACUAGCCUGAAAGGUUACUGGAGAAUUCGACAUCUGACCUUUGCUAGAUAACCAUCAGAGCAUAAAUAUUCUCCUAAAUAUGAACUUUUUUUGUUGGUUUGAAGGCAGGAGGAUCUCUUACCUGAGAAAUGGGGUGUGAAUGUUUUGUGUUCUCUUUACUCUGUCUUUGUUAAGGUGUGAGAAAGCUAUACUGCUACGAGCAAUUUAAUUAAUAAUUGGAAGCCAUACUGAUAAUGGAUGUGGUAAUAUUUGUAAAGCAAACCUACUCUAAGUAGCAGGAACUAAUGGAAUUGUUUUCCUUGAUCAUAUGUAGCACUUUUGUUACUUUUUUCUUAAAGAUAUUUAUAUUUGAUAAGUCUUUUUUUUAUCAUUUGAGAAUUCCAAAUACCAAACAGCAAACUUGCAUUACAGAGUCACCCUGCGAUCACCUUGUCAUCUAGUAUCUAAAUGAUGAACUGUGUGUGCAUCUAAGAAAAUUACAUCUGCUAGCAUUGUGUGGAAAUGAUCUCCUGGCAUCCUGAUAAAAUGAUAUGUUGCUGCCGGUAAGAGGAAACAUUUUGAUGGAAACAGCACGAGAAGCGUUAGAGACGGGCAGGGCUGUGUUACAUUAACAGAGAACAAAUUAAAAACCUACGGAAAAUUUUCGUGUAGAGGCACAUAUAUAAAAGUUUGCAUAGUGUUUCCUCCACAUUCUGCUUUAUCUUCCCAGUUGGUGUGGGAAUAGCUUAAAGAGGGGAAAACAGCUCAGUCUGAAGGAUGGGUUUCCCUUUGCUCCCCUCCACUUCUGAGGUGGAUCAAAGGGAAGUUCCCGUUACUCGCCUUGUUCUCAUCCCUUCCUCCCUCUUAACUCUCAGUGACCCCUCCAGAGCGGCUCCUCAGCAGGUUUUGAGCCAGGCUGAGCCCUCCAGAUCAGCUUCCCCCGUGUCCAUGUGGAGCAAGCUGCUCCCCCAAGUGCCCAGGAGAUGCUGUGCUCAGGGGGCACCGCCCUGCCACCUCUUUGUCCCUUGGAAGAUCUAUAGGUAGGGCUUGGCCUUGACUUCCACUUAUGGAUUUCAUUGGAAAAUUUAUGUGCUUUCCUUAGGUAUAGAUCACUGGAGCAGAAUGAAGCCGUCUUUUUUUUUCUGUUUUAUUGCAUUUCUUGGGUAGGCAAAUUCAUGAGUAGUGUCAGGGUGGACUCAGGAAAGGCAGGACUUGGAUCAGUGACCAUUGCACCACUGCAGUUAUUUUCUUACUGCCUGUAUGAAUGUUUUGGUACUAAGGAGUGAAAGGAUGGGGAGAGCUUUUAUUUCUAUUUUUGCACAGCAGAAUGAUGGAGCAAACUCGAGCCUUAGUGGAAUUUUACCUACUUAUUCAUUCCACAGUCACACACUGAGCUGACAAGCAACAUCCACGAUUUAUAGUAAGGAGAUUUUAAUAAUCGAUGACCUCUUUACGUUGGGCUUGCCACCACCAUUUGUUCUGGCUGUUUCAUUUUAAAAAGAACAGACUCAAACUGUUGGACAGCUGCAAUUUUAAAAGACAUAUUGCUUAUUGCUUACCAUAGUAUCUGUAAAAAAAAAAAAAGGCAUUGUUUGAGGCUUUGCCUUUUAAGAGCAAUAAGGAAGAAUAAAAAUAGUAUUAGAACUUAUAUAUCCUGAUUAUAGGUUCAUGUGAUGCAGGAUCAAAGUAACACCGCUGAAAAUGUGUGUCUGUACCAUCUAAUGUAGAAUAAUCUGGUCUUAAUUCUGUUUGUCACUGUCAGGAAGCUGCUGACAUCCCACACCAGUAUCUUCUCUGAAGGUUAAACAGGUAAAAAAAACCCUUGUGAGCAGAUCUUCCUGGGCUGUACAUGCCAGUUCUCUGCCUUCCCACAUCAUCAUCUUACCAGAGAAAAUAUCAAAUAUCUGGGGAAUCAACCCCUUGGUUCUGUGGGGUCGAUGUUUGGGGUGUGUCUGCUCUGGCUUCUCUUUGGGCAUCGAGAAGUACGAGUGGCACCUCAGAGGGAUGAGUGGGACCUCAGCUGUCCCCAGGGUGCUCCUGGCAGGUUGUUCCCUUCAUUCUGGAAGUUCACAAGGAGCCAUUUGCAGCUGCUCAAUCCCUUUUUGGUUUGAGGUGAAUUAUCUGGAAUGGGACAGGUGCUGAUGUGAUGGUACCGAGAUGAACGAAUGUGAUCUGGAGUAAGUGAAAGAAUCGGUGGAGGGCGUGUCCUGGAAUUCAGGAAUCCUGGAAUUCUUUCUUCUGGGGGUUUUUCCACGAUAUGGAGUUGUCUUUGUCUUUCUGUCUGUGGUUUUCCUUGGACAUGAAGCCUCAUUUUGGUAGCACUGCAGUGGAGUGGCAGUUUGUUGUAGCCAGGCUGGAGUUACUGCAGUUUGUUCUCCUUGAAGUAGCUCUGGUGUCAGAUCCGAGCUUCCUUUUUGUUCUGUGACCAGAGAAGAAGUUAAUUUAAGAAGCUCCUCAUCUGUGAUGGUCACAGAUUGCUUUUACCUUCGUAGAGUGAGUUCUGGCUGAUAUUUUGUCCCUCAUAAAGUCCUUUUACUUGAGUUGUUGUCUCUGACCGUCUUGUUAAAACAACAAUUUCUACCUCCACUUCUUUUCUGGAUUCUUUUGGUGUAGGGUUUUUUUUUUAGUUCCCCCACUCUUUUCCUGAAGUAUGAGAUCCUAAACAUUUGCAAAAGCCUUAUGAGUUGAUAAAAAUCAGCAGAUUUGUUACCUGUUGAUCUUGUGAAUACUCUGUAGACACACGUGUGGUUGUAGUGGAAUCCUGUGCUGGAUGUGAGUCUGCAGUGCACCCUUGCAGCAAUUAAGGAAUCUCAUUAAGAGCCUUCAGGAGGUCAUGGAAAGGGUUUAGACCCCUCUGUCUAUCUUUUGUGGGACCAUUGUGUGGGCAAGAAAGGGGGAGAUGGAAGCACAUGUCACAUAGUGGGAGAUUGCAGGAGCUGGGAUUGUCCAGGCUGGGUCACAGUACAUCCCAGAUUUUGGGCGUUAACUGUCUUAAUAAAUCAGUUUUAACCUGGGGGUCCAGUGCAGGGUCCAGAGUUGGACUUUGAUGAUCCUUGUGGGUCCCUUCCAACUCAGGAUAUUCUGUGAUUCCAGAGAAGACAGAGCCAGGCUCUUCUCAGAGGUGCCCAGCAAAAAGCUGAGGGGGGAGAGGGCUGAAGUUGCAUUAAGGAGAAUCCCAGAUGGAUAUAAAAAGAAGUAUUUUCAUGCUCAGUAGUAGAAAUGGCCCAGAAAGUCAGUGAAAUUCCCAUCCUUUGGGAUACACAAAAUUCAACUGGACAGGGUUGGAUUAGAGACCUCCAGAGGUCUCUUCUGACCUAAAUUAUUCUCUGAUUCUGUGCAGACCUGCUCAGGUUGAGGUGUUCCUUAGUUCUGAUCUGUACAUGUUGACUUCUUUAAAGAAAUUCUGUUAAUUUGUUGAGGGGUUUUUUCUGUUUUGCUGUUCAUAAAAAUUAUCUUUUCUAGUUUACUAAUAGAGGAGCUUUAUUUGCAGGGUCUGGCUCCAGGCUCCAAUCAAGCCAUAAGUUAGAGAUUUCAUUAAUUAUUUGCUCUGUUUACACAGUUCUUCAGGGAUAUUUGACUUACUCUGUUUGUUUCAUUGCCUAACAUCAGACUGGUAAGUUUUUCAUGUUUUUGUAACAUUUGUGAUUUGUAGAUCAGUUUUUGCCUUCAUUUGUGAAGAUUUAUCUUUGUCUUGCUGCUGUGAGUGCAAGUGAGAAACUCCACAUAGCUGAACCUACUUCAGGAAAAACUCAAGCCCACUGUGGUAAGCCAGAAAUUUUGGGUCAGGAAAUCACAAAUUGGUGAUUGUUAUGAGCUGAAAGGGUUUGAUUGGGAAAAAGUCAGAUUGUGCUCAGCUGGAUCCCCCUUAUGCUGUUGGCCACUUCUAGGAAAAGCAGUGUGGUAGUUGAAAUAAGCUUUAUUUUUCAUACAGAUCAACCCACUAAAAUUGGUGUAAGAAUUUUCCAAACUCAAAAUUGCCACCUUGAUGCAGGAUGUUGGGUUCCCUGUGUGUGAUCCUAACUGGAAUCCAAAGCUGGAGUCACACUUUGCAAAUUACUAAAUUCAGUGUGAGACUCUGCCCAUAAUCCUGAGCUGUGGGUGUUCAGCUGGGGAUGGUUUCCAACCCCUCCACUGCUUUAUCCCCUCCUCAUUUUAAUUAAUAUUUGUAUUAAUGUUCCUCCUCCUCCCACUCCAGCUCCAUCAUGGUGCAGCCCCCACUUCCCAGUGCUCAUCAGCUUCUUUCAAACUCAUUGAGUAAUUACCAGCAAAUUUUAGAGGGUUUUGUCAAAAUUUUGCUCUUAUUUUAUCUGAGUUUUCCCACUCAAGUAGCUCUUGCACUCUUUGAAGUUAUUUAACUUGAUAAUAUUAUUUUGAUCAAAGUCUUAAGCUUACAGGCAAUAAUCUUUGGUUUGGUGCAGCUUUUGGCAUUUGGCAAGAAUCUUUGUUGGCAGGAUUGGUUUUAAAAUUGUGUUACAUGUCAGUGACCUUAAUAUAUGUUCCUUGCAUGGAUUUUGUGUGUUUUUAGCAGAAGUCAGGGGCUGGAUCCUGAUCCCAGCUACUUUAAUGGAGUUUUAUGGAGUUUUCACUGUGAUGAUUCCUUGGAAGGGAAGGUUGAUGGCCUGACCAAAAAAAUACCUUGCAGUUCCCAAGAAGAGUUGCAAAGACAUUUCAACCUAAAACAUUCCCCCCUGGGCUUUUGAGCAGCUGGGAUAUUUACUCAGGAUAUUGGAACAAUUAUUGGCCAAAAGGGAUUUGGUACAGCCCUAAAACCCUCAUUUCAGCCUCUCUUUCUCCUGUCAAAUUUAUGGGGUUUAAACUGUCUGACUAAAGACUUUGCACAUUCAUGAAAACCAGAGGCAUUCUAGAGAUGGCAGCUACAAAUCCAAAUUUAAAAUACACUGAAAUUAUCUUUUUUUUUCCUUUAUGAGAAAUGUGUUACAACUAAAAGAGCGUGGUUGAGUGUUUUGAGGACUGUCAGGAAGGUGACAGGGAUUUGAUGUUGGUUUUUGUCCAACAAAUGUAAAUCAAAUCAAAUCAAUGGAAGUUUAUCUCAGUGGCAGCAGUGAGGCAGAGGAAGAAAAAUUUAAACUCUUUUACCAAAGAGUUUGUUGCCAUCCUUGGUCUUAGGUUUUAUCACUUAAAAAUAGCCUGGAAUUGUUUGUUUUGUAGCUUAUAUCAGAGGGUUGUGGAAUGGGUUGAGUGGGAAAGGAUUUUAAAGAGCAUCCAGUCCCUCCUCUGCCAUGGGCAGGGAAUCCUUCCACCAUCCCAGGUUCCUCCAGGCCCCAGGUCCAUCCUGGCCUUGGACACUUGCAGGGAUGGAACUUCCACGGAGCUAGAAAAUAAUUUGCCAUUUGAAACCCAGGGAAAAAAUCACAAAGCGUUUUAAAUGCCCCUUUUAAUCAGGCUGAUGCAGCAGAAGAACCGAUGGGCUUGAUGGCUGCAGUCUGGAGCUCUUUCCCUUUCUUUCAGGGAGGUCUGGAGCGCUCCAGCCAGGAGCUGGAGCAGGAAUGAAGUGAAGCCAUUGAGCUGGAGGGGCUGGUGAUGGGCCUUUGAUGUUUCUGUAUGUGCAGAGCAUCUCUCCCUCAGCUGCCUUGGCAGAAACCUCCCUGUGCCAUUUAUUCCCUCUCUGCUCAAUGGCAGCGGGAGUGUUCUGCUGAUCAAAACAGCCAGCACACUUGUGCUGAAUCCUUUCAGGCUGCAGCCAGGGUAAUUGGGAUGGGCAGGAUAAAUGGAUGGGAGUAUGGCAGUCACAGUGAUGGCAGCUCUUUUCAAUGGCUGGGUGUCCCUGACGGGUAAUUAGCGGCUUUAGAACCACGGGGAUUGGCAUGGCCGUGAUUAAAAGGAUUUCUGUCUUUUCUGUGAUUGAAAACAGAAGAUCUCCCACCCCCUAAUUCUCUUUAAUACCAGUGUUAUUAGUGACACUUGGAACACAGCUCCUCUGUAAACUUAAAUAAUGACCUCAGUGAAUGGUGACUUAGAGCAGCAGGGACUGAAGCGAGCUCAGUUUUCUAUGCAAAGCUGCUCCUCCUGAUUCUGUUUCCCGCUCCACGUGCUUGUCACUCCCAGCGAGUUUGGAGACAAAGAGGACAUUUGGUUGUGUGACAGCCUGAGGACAGAUUGCCCAGAGCCUGGUUUAGCUCUUCUGGCUCAUUUUGGAUUUAAGGAGAUGAAGAGGAUGAACUCUGCUGGACUCAUCCUGAUUUUUCACCUGUCUGCAGCUGGAGGGUUCCUUGGAGCAGGGAGUGUCCCUGGCUCUUGGGUGCCACUCCAAGUUCCCAUUCCCAGUUUGGAAGCCUUAUCAGCACUUGUUGCCAUGCUCUCCUCCAGCUCUGCUCACAGUGUAGAGAUGGGAGCUAACUCCCCUUUUUCCUUAAAAAAAAAUCUCAAUUUUUUUUUUUCCUAUCCCCCCACAGGAGACUUGGCUGGACACUAUCCUUGCCAUUCACCCAGGAUAUCUGGUGUUGACCCAAAAUAUCAUCAUUUUCCCCUGAUCUUGUUAGAUCCUCCAAAAGCAUCUGCCAUAGGGUGUUCUGUGCCUUUUAAAUCUGUUUUUGUGAGUAUCUGUUGCCCACUGUGCACUGCAGAGCCUGUGCUCCGUUUUUGCCCUUAAUUCUUGACCAGAUUUUUCCAUAAUUUUGUUCUCCACUUAUCAGGCAGGUUUCCACAUUUUGUUGGCAUGUAGAGAUGCUUAAAGGGACUCUGAGUCAAAUUUAGUAAAAUUGGCAGGUUCCUCUCACCAACAAAUUCUCGAGAGAAUUUAGGGACUUCCCUUAGGCUCUUAUUUAAAUCUUCCAGUUACUUUUCAGCUUCUUUGCCUUGAAAUCCUUGUGAAUCCCAGUUCAGAGCAGACCUGUGGCCCUGGGUACUUCAGUUCUCCCAGCACAGUUCCCAGCACUGCACUCACAGUAGCAAUGGGAACAUCUUCUCUUUUAGAAAACACAUUUUUAGAUAUUCACUUGCUGCUGUCACUGUCCUCAAUUCAGCUUCCCGUCCUCCUCUCCCUUCCCCUUAACUAAUUAAAGUCUUCCAUGUUAUGGCAAGAUGGCAUAUGUAGCUUAAAUAACCCACCUCUUUAAUUAAGAGGUUGAAUUCAGCCUUCUGAGAUAUAUUUGACAUCAUUUGAGAUUUAAAAAUACAUUUUACUUACACAGUUUAUCCGUCAGAUCGCUCAAGGAGGGCAAAGAGAUAAUGAGAGUAAAUUAUUAAUUAAUAUUUCUCACCCAGUAUAUUCCAUUAAGAAUAUUAAGCAUUUAUUCCAUUCCUCAAAGCACAUUUGACUUUGGAUUGUUCUUAAGUCUGCCUGCUGAUGAAGUUGCUGCUGUCUCUCUUUGACAGGACUGUAGGGACAGGGUGGAAAAUACCCUUCAGGACCUAAAUCACAGCCAGGAAUUCCAAAUAUCAACUCACUGACCAAGUUUUCCACUUCCUUUAGCAUUGUGAGCAGAUCUUUUCAAGCCAGACAUGCCACAGACUGUCCCUGACACAUCCAAGCUGUUCUUAGCUUGAAAACAAUUGGUAAAAUGGAGUGAAAACAGCAGCAGGAGCACCUCCACUUCCAGUGUAUGGGAUGGAAUGGGAUGGAAUGGUGAAGGAAUUCAAGAUGUUGUUGGGAAAGACCCGGGAGUAUUGCACAACAUCUGGAACUGCUCCCUGAAGAGGGGAAACACCUUGGGAUCUUUGUUGAUGAGAGGAUUGAAGUGGUUUGGGAGCUGUUACUGGAUCUGAGCUGUGCUUUUGUUUGUUUUCUCACAGAGGUGGUUCAGGGAAGGGCUGUUAAAUCCCAUCCCAUCCCACUCCUGCCAUGGGCAGGGACACCUCCCACUGUCCCAGGCUGCUCCAGCCUGGCCUUGGACACUGCCAGGGAUCCAGGGACAGCCACAGCUUCUCUGGGAAUUUCAUCGCAGCCACAUCCUCACAGGAACAAUUCCUUCCCAAUAUCCCAUCCAUCCCUGCCCUCUGGCAGUGGGAAGCCAUUCCCUGUGUCCUGUCCCUCCAUCCCUUGUCCCCAGUCCCUCUCCAGCUCUCCUGGAGCCCCUUUAGGCACUGGAAGGUGCUGGAAGGUUUCCUGCAGAGUUCCCUUUCCGUUUAACCAAACAUUCCCACCUUGGCACACAGGAACAGUUCAAUUCUAAGAGUUCAAUUCACCACUUCUUCAUUCAGAGCCCUUCACUUACACAAACCUUUCUUCUGUAGAGCUUUUUAAGUCCCAGUCCUCUUUCUCCAGGGCCUUGGAGAAAAUCAGUGCUGUUGAGAUGUGGAAAUGUUUAUAAAUCUCUUGGAUAUAUGUGAUAAAUUUGUGAAGGGAGAUGCAGAAUAGAGAGACACUUUCAAUUAGGGUUGGGUUUAGUUUUUUAAUUAUUUUUCUUUUUUUUGAUGAAGUAGGUGGAAUAGGGAGUUUGCUUCGGGAUUGUUGGAGGCCACCUGACCUUCAGGGUCUCCUUGUAGGUGGCAGACUGGUCCCUUCUGGCCUUAAUUGUAAAUCUAUGACUCCAAAGAGAUAAAAUGUGUCUUUUACCUUUAGAACUUGUUCAGAAUAUUGAAUAGUUUAUAGAGAUUUGAGUUCUGGAGGGGUUCUCUGCAGCAAGAACUUUCCAUCAGAGAACACGUUGUGCCUUAUGUCUCUAACCCCACUUCCAGUUCCAUACAAUAAAAAUCUUGUACCAUUACCCCCAAAUUCAGCAUAAAUAGAAUUUGAUCAAUUAUAACCAUUUCUUUGGGCUGCAGUGCCUCAGCAGCUGAUUUUCACAAAUACCAUUGUCAGAGGGCUUCAAAAAAUCCCACAGCCAGCACAAGCCCUCUUGCUAAACUUAUUUCCUCCAUGGAGCCUGCAUUCCUUGAAGAAAUUCCUGUGGAGAGUCUGAAUUCAACCCUCCUCAACUGCUCUGAGCCAUUUGCUUCCCUCUGAAGUUGAUUCUUGGUACGGAAUUUAUCGGUAUAGGUCAUUAUACUUACAUAUUUGUCACAUUAUUUUCCCAGAUUUCAGUGCUUCUCAUAGAAAUAAUCUCUUUUAUCUUUCAUGCAAGCUCCUUCACACCCCAAUAAUCCCAUUUUACCUGGUUUGCCUGUUGUGAAGUGCUCUGACCUGAAGCUGUUGUCCUUGCAGCCUCCAAGUAAGGGAUUGAUGUUUCCACCCUAUAAAAAACAAUCCAUUGUAGGGCAGAAGGUUCCAGACUUUCUGCUCUGGGGUUUCCCAGCUCUCAGACCCUUCUCCCUUCCCUCCUUGCAAUUUAGAUGAUUAGAAAAUCACAGAAAUAGCAAUUUUUAAGUAUAAUUUUUUUUUAUUAGUACUUGGAGACUCUUUUUUUUUACUGGGAACAUUUGUUUACUGGGAGACACCCCCCUUUCCUUUGGCCUUUUAGAUGGUGCUGUAUCCAUUACUUACUUGAAGUAUAUAUGAAAUAAAUAAGAACAAUUUUAUCUACUUUGGCCGGUUAAAAGGAAAAAAAUCAGCUCAUGAAUUCAGCCAGUUUACAGCAGGUUCUUCACUUGCACAAUUCUGUGUGAAAUCAGGACCCUGGGAGAGGGACAAGGUGGAAAUGGUUUUUUCAUAGAAUCAUGGAAUGGUUUGGGUUGGAAGGGACCUUAAAGCUCAUCCAUCUGCCAUGGGCAGGGACACCUUCCCCUAUCCCAGGGUGCUCCAAGCCCUGUCCAGCCUGGCCUUUUUUAUUCCAAUUUAUUUCAAUUUAUUUUGCCUUGCUUACCCUUUCUGUUGGAACCUUAAUUGGAGCAGUGGAUUUUCCCGGUUUGGGUGCCUGCUUUUUUUAAUGUGGGUGUUUGGGACAGGAUGCCUGGAUUUGCACAGCUUUCCCAGGAGUCUGCUGCUUCCCUUGGACACUUCAUUUAUCCAGGGUUAGGAAUCUCUCAUCGAAGCCAGAGUAGCUUUUUAUUAUUAUUCAUAAGUUGGUUUAGGCUUGAAAAUCAUUGGAAAAUCUUGAAGUCACUUUUCCAAAUGAAAGAAUUACAGUGAAAAGAGAGUUUGGAUUUUGAGCUUCCCAUCUUCCAGUGUUAUCCACUGAAUUUUCUGUUCCUUUUUUUUGGCUUCUGUGUGAAUUUGGGUGUCACCCUGAGCCUUGUGCUGCCCUGAAGCUGGUGACUGGUUUUUGGUGGCUGUGGGGUCAGAGCCCUGUUUGGUCUUUCAGGAGGGACAGAUUCCCCAUUCUGUCACCCAAUAAAAACCCAAAAUCAAAACCCCUUUUUCCUUGCUGUUGGCUCCAGGAAUGUCUUUCUGAAUCUCAUCAAAGCCUCUCUAAUUUUGCUGCUGGCAUUCUGGGCAGCACUUUUCCAGCCAGUGCUGCUGCUUGAGGCUGGGAGAGCCCGAAGUCCCUCAGCCUUCAGUCAGAUCCUGUGGGAAGGGGCAGUGUCAUUGUGUCACCGUGGGACAGGCUGUGUCCAUAACCCAGGAAUAUCAGAUUUAAACUCAGUUUAAACAGCAGCUCUGUCACAGGGUGAUGAGUCAGAGUUACUUGUGGCCACGGGAAGCACCAUUUUCCUGACACAUUGCCUUGGCUGUCUUCCUCUUGGUCUUUAUGUUCUUCCCAAGGCUGCCACGAGCCCGGGAAGCGGGAGAUACGUGCAGUACUUCUUUCAUUUUAGUUUUUUUUUUUUCCUUAGUGUCGAUUUAAAAAGUGCCUAAGUGAGGAACAGGACUCCAGAGUGAGCUGGAGGAAUAGGAUUAGACCUCAUUUCCCUCUUAAGAAAAGAGCCCUCCCUGCAUCCCUCCUCACAUCCCUCCGGAGCCCGGCAGAAUCCGGCUGGAAAAAGCUCCCUGUUCUUGCCUUGUGCUGCCCUCCUUGGUUCUCAGUCUUUUAGGGGGGAUCUCAUUUCUCAGCCAAACAUUUGCAAUCUCUGGUUUGGGGUGGAUGGCAAAGAGGGGGGAAGCUUGGAUGAAAUUCAGUAGGAAACUGCCUCUUGGAUUGCAGAUACAAAGAGCUCUGUGUGAUAAACUUCCACCUCUGGAAAACCAGGUGGAAAAAGCUGAUGUGCUUCCUUAAUCACCUCCUUUGGAAUCACAGAAUGGUUUGGGUUGGAAAGAACCUUCAAAAUCAUCCAGUCCCACCCCCUGCCAUGGGCAGGGACACCUCCCACUAUCCCAGGCUGAUCCAAGCCCUGUCCAACCUGGCCCAGAACAUUUCUAGGGAUGGGGCAGCCAAAAGCUCUCUGGAAUCCCAAAGGCAGUUUCUUCCUAUAUUCUUAAUUAUUUCUAGGUUUAUCAUAGUGGCACCUGCUAAACAUUUUGUCCAAAUAAUCCUAACUAUUGGCAGGUGGUUAUAAUUUUGUAAAGGUGAGAAUUUUACGUGGGUUUAAAGACUAAAGGAAUCAGUGAUAGUUUAAAAAAAAAAAAAAAAUCAUUAAAGGAGGAUUUCUUCUGACCAGAGUGAAAGGAGGUAACAGAACACUAUGAAGGUGUUUUAGUACCACUUAAGGGUUCAGCAAAUGAAAGCAAUCCGUGUUUAGAUGUUUUAUUUUUCAUUAGCAACAAAAUGUUUUCACUCUGACAACAUCCAAGGUGGGAAAUCCUGGGAAAGGACUGUUGGAAAGUUGUGAGGACAUCUCUGCAGAGGGCAGAAACUCAGCCUCUGGGGAGUGGAUGUUGAUAGAAGCAGAUAGAAUGUGGGAAUCCAUUGCUGGGGUCCUGAUGGAAAUCCCCUGUUGGUGGAGCCUGUGGUCCUGCUCUGAGAUGCCUUUUGGGAGUGGUAUUUCCCUGAGAAGUGGUUGUCACUGGCAGUGGGUGUUGGUGACAGCAGAUGGAUGCUGUAGUUGAGCGCUGCAAACCCUCAAGUGAGGGCAGGGUGGAACAAGCUCAGAGCCACACAAAAACAGAGCUAAACCCCGGCGAAGGCCAGGGAGGUUCCUCACACCCAAAUCCUGUGUGUCUCGACUUUGUCCCACUGUUCCCUCCACCUUGGGGCGGGUGCCAGCCCUGCAUCUCCUGUCCUGGGCUGGGAUGGCUCCAGCUGCCUCCUGUCACUUCACUGUCACCAGCUCCAUCAGUGACACCCAAGACGAGCCGUGUCCCAUCCCUGUCCUGUCCGUUCCUCUGUCGGCCUCUCCCACCCAGCUGCUGCUUUGCCCCAGCUGGGCCCCGUGUCUCAUCUGCUGUAGGUGUCCUGCCUACCUCAAGAGGUAACCAUGGGAUGCUGGAGUGGUGUGGUCACCCUCUGGUCAGUUUUCCAUGAGCACUAGCGCACACUCACACUCACACUCACACUCACACACACACACACACACACUGGAAUGUAUAUUCUCCUCCCCCCCAGCCCCCAAAUAACCUCUUGACCUGAUCCUUGCUGUAGCCACCACCAACUCCUCUUGCAAAUUGGAUGCUGCUUUAAAUGUGAAAACAAAUGUUCAAGAAGCUAUAAAACCUGAAUGAAAGCUAAAGCUGAAUUUAUAAAGCCUUGUUGCAUAUGAGCCAAAAGUGCAAAAAGCUCUAUAUAAUGAACUAACCUGCCACUCAUAUAAAUAUAAAUAUAUAUAAAUAUAUUAAAAUCAGACUGUUCUACAAAAUUGUGUAUUUGUAUUUUUGUGUACGUACAAUUUUCUGCUAAGCAGAAGGAGGAUGUAGUAUAGGAUGAUGUGAGAAGAGAUUUUGUUUAAUCAUAUUUCUUUGUUACUUAUUUUUGUUAACAUCCAGAUGCCUGUCUUUGUCUUAUGUGUAUGACACUGUUCCAAAGGUGCAGUAUCCCUCUCCCGCGGCGCGUCCGACCUCCUUCCUCCACAGGGAAUGAGUCAGGUGAUGCCCCUCAUCAUCAUCAUCAUCGUAUCAUCGUAUCAUCAUCCUAUCAUCAUCAUCAUCCCCUUCAGAUCCACCCUGGUCUUGAUCUUAAGGGCUGCUCGUUCAGCUGAGAGACGAGAUGUUUCAUUGCCCGCGCCUUGUGAAGUUGAAUAUUCAUGUGCUGGUUGACUCCUCUGCACGUAGCUGUUCCCUGAACACGUUUCCAUGCUCUGCUGCUGCUCCUCAGCCUGACAUUCUGGGGAGAAAGAAAUGGAUUGGAUAGGUUGGGAGGGAGGAUGAGCAGAUCCUGGUGGUGGGAAGUUGCUUGUGGAGAAGGAAGUGCCGGGGUGGUCCCUGGGGUGAGCCUCACUCAGAGCCCACGGGGGAUGGAGGAAGCACCUCCUGUUCCCCACGCUGGCUGUCAGGGAGGAAGGCUGGGGAGGAGGUGAUGGGUUAUAACUCUCCCUGUGCCCCCUCAGGAACAUCCACCCCAGCACCCCUGGUGGCUUUGGGGCACUUUGGCUCUUGGCUUUGGGAAAGUUGGAGCAGCCCUGAGAGGAGUCCAUCUGUUCAUGUGCUGCCCUUGCAGUGAAGGCACUGAGUGUUGAGAAGAACAUUCCAAACUCUUCUCCCAGUCACUGCCUUUAUCUGCAAGGUGCUGAUGGUUCCCUGUGAGGAGAAAAGGAAUAGUGUAGGAAACCUGAGAACCCUUGGUGUGCUUGGGAAUUGUCAUUUAUCCAUCACAGAGAACUGUCCAGGGAAACAAAGGGCCCAAGGAAGCUGGAUAGGACAGGAUGUAGUGGAGUAACUGAUGGAAAGCUUGGGGCGGGAGAUGAUGAAGUUCACCUUCAGUCCCACCACAAUCCCUUGAGGAAGCUGAUCCAGCCUCCAUCCCAAAUGCAGGUGAGGCUCAGUGUCCAUCACACCUUCCCCUGGCAGCAGGUGCUGUGAAAACAAACCAUCAUCCUGUCCCCUUGUGCCCUUCUUCAUUUUCUCUUUUUUAAUUUCAUCCCUGUCUUCGUUAGAGCCGACGCGCGGCCCGGGGAGAGCGAUACUGCACCUUUCCACGUAGGGCUCAUAUUUAUAACAAUGUGUAAUGACUGUAGCAAAAGUCCUUGUUUCUGUAUGUGAAUGGACAGAGAAACAAGUGCUCUAUUGUAUUGAUUAAAAUAGUUCAAAUGAGUCCUGUAUCAUUGUAUCUCCUAUUCUGGAUUAGUGCCUUUUGGACAGUAGACUGUUCUGUAAUUAAAAUGUAGUAUAACUGCUUUUUUGUACAGUUUUGUUUUAAUAAAACUUUUUUUUAAUUUGUGUUUAUUUUAGUAUUGUACCUAUUAGAAAAUAAAAAUGUAUAACUCAA